GUGCAAGGGACAUUUACGAAGGUAAUUUCUUCGACCGUGGGACAGUGUUAAAGCUCUGGCAUCGAUUACUGUGUAAAGUGAAGUGUGAAGUUUCUGAGGGUGGCGUUCGUGUGGGGAAGGGGCGUGCUGAGCGAUGGAAAACGUGGAGGAAAUGGCCGAUCAGCAGUCGCUCGGUGAGCCGAUGCAAGAUUCGGUCGAUUCGCCAGCUGCGUCUACGCAUGCCGGCCUCAGCAUGUCGCCGGCGGAGCUCAGCCCCACUAUUUCACGGCAGGCCGUGACUGGCUCGGUGACCACUUCGCACGAGUCGCUCGGCGAGUCUACAUCAACUCACAUCAAGGAGGAGCUGCCGUCUGCGUCCGAAGACUUGUCGGAACACUCGGUCGACAUCAAGCAGGAGACGCUCUCUGUGAUAGUGCAGCCACACGAAGACUCGCAGGACUCGGAGCUGCUGAGUCCGGGAAAACUUUCUCCGACUUCGGGAAUUUCAGUCAGUGUCGCAAGCAUGAUCGACGCCACAGAUUUCCGCACUUUGCAGCCGGAGCCGACGUACCAGACGCUGACGUCCGUCAACGGCAGGAUGUCACCUCCCGGUUUCAGCCCCAGUUCCUCCUACGCCACGCUGACCCCUCUGCAGCCCCUUCCACCCAUUUCCACCGUGUCGGACAAAUUCGCUUACGGUCACACGAGUAACGUUUCUGGAUCUUUUACAGUAAUGCAAAACAACGGACUCGCCAAUAUAGGCUUGGGCAUGAGUGUCAACUCGCCGUACACGUACGACAAGCUGUCUACGAUGGGGAUGUCGCCGCCGCCGCACUACUCGUCGCCGAACAACGGGCUGGGCACCAUCAACAUCCCGCAGCAGCACUCGCCGCUGUCGCCGCAGAGCACGUACAGCCAGAACGGGCUGCAGUCUCCGCAGAAGAGCCUGUCGCCCAGCGGCUACGACUCGCCGUACACGGUGGGCCGGGCGACGCUCAGCCCGCCGUCGGCGUCGUUGCACUCGCCGCCCAACCCGAUGGUGACGAGUUUCGUGGGCGCCGCGGCGGCGAUGAACGGGAUGGCCACGAUGACGCCGCACCAGUCGCCGCCGCAGCCGCAGCCGCCCCCGCAGCAGCAGGCGCCGCAGCAGCCGCCCCCGCAGCAGCCGCCGCCGCAGCCGCGCGACCGCGUGGCCGUCGCGUCGCCGUCGCCGCCCGCCUUCCAGCAGCAGCAGCAGCCGCAGCCGCCCCCGCAGCAGGCGCCGCCGCCGCCUCCCCAGCAGGUGAAGGCGGGCGCGCCGUCGGGCGGCGGGCUGCUGCCUCCCGGCGUCGGCGUCGGCGUCGGCGUCGGCGUCGGCGUGGGCGUCACGCUGGCGCCCGCCCCCGCCGGCGAGGUCGAGGAGAUCAACACCAAGGAGCUGGCGCAGCGCAUCAGCGCCGAGCUCAAGCGCUACAGCAUCCCGCAAGCCAUCUUCGCGCAGCGCGUCCUCUGCCGGUCACAGGGCACGCUGUCCGACCUCCUCCGCAACCCGAAGCCCUGGUCCAAGCUCAAAUCUGGCAGAGAGACAUUUCGCCGCAUGUGGAAAUGGCUGCAGGAACCCGAGUUUCAACGGAUGUCAGCACUCAGAUUGGCAGCUGCGCAGAUACCACAGCGAGGCACCUGCAAGAGGAAAGACGACCCCCAGAGCCAACCAGAGCACUCACCCGCCCCCAAGAAGCCACGAUUGGUUUUCACCGACCUGCAGCGCCGUACUCUACAGGCUAUUUUUAAGGAAACAAAGAGACCAUCGAAAGAAAUGCAGGUGACCAUUGCACGACAGCUUGGCCUUGAACCGACAACAGUGGGCAACUUUUUCAUGAAUGCAAGGCGUAGAUCAAUGGACAAGUGGAAAGAUGAAGAACCAAGCAAGACAACAGUAGUUCCCGUUGCACAUGAUGGACAGCAGCACUCCCCUGGCACAGCCAUGUCUGGUCACAGUCAACCUCUGCAGCAGCAGCAGCCUGACAUAUUGUGACAUCAUGCAAGCUAUCCAAUGCGAGACCAUCAGCACCAUCAUCUGGUGUUCCUGUGAAGGAAUAUACCAGUGUACUGAAUGCUAUACAGACAAUAUGAAUAGCACCAAGUGACACUUUACCCUGGCAUGUUCCAGAAAAACAGUCAUUUUAAAUUCAUUUUGCAAAAAAGAUGAAUGAAGUGGCUGUAAUGUUACCUGUUUGGUACAGUUUAAAUGUGAGUGAAUGAAAUAUUUUCCUUUAACUACAAUAAAUAAAUAAAUAAAUAAAGAGAGAAAGAAAGAAAGAAACAUUAUGUGACAUCUAGUGAGAAACUCUUGCUCUUAUUUUGAAACUGACCAUGUUUGUAUGAAAAAUAAAUCUAAUGUGAAUGGUGUUGUAUUGAUGUCAUACACACACCUUUAGUUUGAGGCUAAACUGCACACUUGGCUGUGUGGAUGCACGUUCAUGUGCAUAGUCAGACGCAUGUGCACACACACACACUGAUGAAAUCACAGAUGCGUUUUUGUGCUUACAAUUGAAUGCACACAAACAAAAGUGCUUCUGUAUGUGAAUACUUGUGUGUGUGUGCUUAUGUGUGAACAUAUAAACUUGCACAACGUUCAUAGUUUGUGUACAACAUGAUUAGCAAGUAUAUGUACAAGUGAUAAAUUUAAAAGAAAAUAUGAUCUUUUUUGGAAAGAGGAUGUUACUGAGCAAACCUUGGUAAACUGACACAAAAUUCAAUUUCCCUUGUGCCCCUUUUGUGAAAAAAGGACAUUUCUUAGAAAAUAAAUUAAAAGUAAUACCUACAGUCUCAGGGGAUUGUAUAAAAAUAACUCUUUUGGAUAGCGAAGUGUUGGACAAUGUUAUUCUGAUGCUGUUGAGGUGACUUGUUUUUUGUUGGCAUGUGUCCAAAGUGAUUUUAUGCAAAUACCAGUCAGUACCCUCUGAGAAUCAGUAUUGUGAGGGAUGAAUAGAUAUUUGCAGUUGUUGACAGGGGAGCUGCAUUAUUUUGUAAUAUUGAUCAGUGUAAUUUGACCAAAUGACCUACCUAAAUGAUCUCAAUUUAAAAAUGAUCUAGUCACAUUUUACUAGUCAGUUAUAAAUUGUUUUGCUGUAUAAAUGUUCAUAUAAAUGGCAAGUACAACUUUAUAUUGUAUGAACUGUGUUGAACAUGACGUAUGUUGUGAUAUAUUUAUACAUUAUACAUAAUUUUAAGCUUUCUUGACACACAAACAGACAGAAUUUACAUUUUAUUUAAGAAAAUCAGUUAGCUCCAACUCUAAGGGGGAGCUGCUAAUUAUUCAUGAGAAUACCAAUGUGCAACUAAAUUAUGCAACUAAUUUACAGUGAUAUUGUUUAUAUACUUUUUUCUUUGUGUCCUUUGUAGCAAUAAGAGCCACAGGUUGGCAUUGUGAGUGAGGACAAAGCAAAAUGUAGUCAAGGUUUAUCUAAAUAACAGAGCAAUAGCCUUUCUUGUGUGUUGCUGUUUGUCUUCAGUGUUUAGUGACCCUGCACUUUCAGAGCUCUUGUUGACAGUGUAUAAAAUACAGUUCCAGUCUUCUGUAGGAUGUAUUAUUUAUAAUGAAUUGUUUCAUUACCAUUCACAAUAUUAAUUUAUUUUUGUAUAACUAAUAUUUUUACUAAUGUACAGUAAUUUAUUUAUAAUUUAUUAGCGGGGUAAUGUGCAUGUGGAAUUCUUUUGCAGCAGAUUUUAUUCCCAACUUCAGCAGAUUUUUCACCAGUGUUUGCAGAAAUAGCUGAGAAAUUUAGCUUUAUUGCUAGGAGUGUGAUUGAAAGCUUUUAACUUGACCAAUACAUUGUUCUACAUGUCCCUGUGUUAUAGACUAGUGCAAGAGUUUUCUAGUUUGUAAAUAUGAAGCCAGUGUCUAGCACUGGAGUACCUGUUAAAUGACUCAUCGCAUGGAUUAUCCACUAACUCCAAUGACCUUCUCUGAACAAAAAAUAAAUCUUGAAAUAUUUUAAGGGACUCAAUCAUAAAUACUGAGCUGAGCUAGUAAUUUCUCUAUUAGAUAUGCACAGAUUUUUACAUUUUUAUAGCAUACUUCAUUUGUAGCCAAAAUAUGAUGUUGUUUUUUUACAUUAUUAUAAAGCUCAAUAUGUACCAAAAUACUUUAAAAAAGUUAUUGAGUUCAUAGUUUCAUGUUGGAAUGGCUUGUACUAAGUACAGUAUGUAUUGAUGCCUUGUGGCACUUCACAGCAGUACAAUGAUUUUGUUAGUGAAUUGAGUAAUAUUAAGAAAUAUGUUUUGAAAAUCAGUACAGCAUAUAAAUGCACAAACUGUACAAACGGUUCCUAAAAUGGCAAGUGCUGAGAGCAGUUUAAAACACUGUCUGGUUUUGACAGCUAUACACAACAGUUUCCACAGUUUCAUUGUGCUCAAGUUGUAAUUACUUCUGAACAUAUCGAAAUGAAAGUGAUAUCAUUUAAACACAUACAAGUUCUUUCUUUGCUACUUAGUUAUGCUAUUAGCUAUAAAGCUGUGACAAAACAGACUUGCGUUAUGGUUCUCGCCACAAGCUAUAAAGUCUGUACUGUGCAAUAAUUAUUUCAGUUUUAGUGUGAAUUAUAUCUUAAUAACAUAUCAUUGUGGAUUUUAUAUGUGUCAUUGCAGAAUGCUUAAAAUUUUCACUGGACUUCAGAGAAAGGCACUAGCUAAAAUGAGUUUAAAGUAAAUGGAAAUUUUCUUCAUUGAGAUAAAAAAGUUUAUUUAUAGACACAUACACACAGUGAUUUAUCCAUAGUUGAUUUAUAGCAUUCUGCAGAUCACACUCUGCUCUCAUAAAGUGCGUACUAAAUAUUAUGUGACUUUAGUUUUAAAAAAAAAAUGAAUUUCAUUUAGUGCAGCAUACAGUUGUGGAAUAUAUUAAUGAGCAGCUACAAGAGCAGACUGUGUUGUAGGAAGAAUGUUUUCUUCAGAAAUAAAAGUUCCACUACAGUACUUAAAAAGUCAUUGUACCAGAACCCAGACAUUAAGCAGUUCACCUUUAAAUAUACACAUAAAAACCAAGUAGAAAAAUGUGUUAACCAUAAACACUAUGAGCUGGAGAUGGCAACUUGUAGAAACAGACGUACAAUGUAUGUAAGCAGAAUUAUAUAAAUAACGGGAAAGAAUUCUCCUUCAGUUAUUUUGCAUUUUGAAAUAUU